AUGGCCGGUCAGUCCAAGCUAGAGACUCUGCCGCCAUGGGGUAAUGCCGUCGCAGGCGCCGCUGGUGCCGUCAUCGCCAAUACGCUGGUUUAUCCUCUGGACUUGAUCAAGACACGGUUACAGGUACAAGUUAAGCGCUCCCCGACAGCCGGCGCUAUCAAUCCUGCCGAUGAAGAACACUACGAUGGCGCCAUGGACGCGAUCCGGAAGGUUAUCGCGCAGGAGGGUGUCUCUGGGCUCUAUGCUGGCAUGGGAGGCGCUCUGCUCGGCGUAGCAUCGACCAACUUUGCUUAUUUUUACUGGUAUACCGUCGUCCGAAGUCUAUACAUGGCCAACCGGACCCUUCAAACAUCGCCCGGAACGGCUGUCGAGCUUUCCCUUGGUGCUGUAGCCGGCGCCCUCGCCCAAUUGUUCACAAUCCCUGUCGCCGUCGUGACGACGAGACAGCAGACGAUGAGCAAGGCGGAGCGAAAAGGCAUGGUUGAGACUGCCAUGGAUGUCAUCAAUGGAGAAGACGGCUGGACGGGUCUCUGGCGAGGACUGAGGGCAAGCUUGGUGCUCGUAGUCAACCCCUCAAUUACAUACGGCGCUUACCAAAGGCUGCGCGAGGUCCUGUAUCCAGGAAAGAAGACGCUGAAACCCCUCGAGGCAUUCCUCCUAGGUUCCCUCUCCAAAACCCUCGCCACAAUCGCAACCCAGCCCCUCAUCGUCGCAAAAGUCGGUCUCCAAUCAAAACCCCCGCCAUCCAGGAACGGAAAGCCCUUCAAAUCCUUCACCGAAGUCAUGAAGUACAUCAUCGAGCACGAAGGCGCCCUGGCACUCUUCAAGGGCAUCGGUCCCCAAAUCCUCAAGGGUCUGCUCGUCCAGGGCUUCCUCAUGAUGACCAAGGAGCGCAUCGAAUUAUCCUUUAUCCUCCUCUUCCGCUACUUCCGCCAGGUUCGCGCCGAUAAGCUACAGAAGCUCGCUAAUAUCGCCGCUGAGAAGGCGGGUAAGGCGGCGCCGGUGCUGGUCAAGUAG